AUGUCCGCCGCUCUUCCCCUCAAGCGAGUCCCUGUUGCUCUUAUCGGCCUCGGCGGUGUCGGCGCAGCUGUUCUCGGACAGCUUCUCGCCCCACCUCUCUCUUCCCGCUUCCAGCUCAUCCUCAUUGCCAACUCUCGGCUCUCCCUCUCGCUCCCCCUCCCCUCCGGCCCACUCACUCCGGUUAACUUCCGCCCCAUUCUCGAGCAAUAUGGAGUCACUCUGGACCUCUCCUCGGUGAUUUCUAUACUCGCCAACCACUCGGAUGGCCCAGGCGUCUUGAUCGACUCGACAGCAAGCGAGAUCUUGCCGGGCAUGUACCCCCAGAUCCUCGGCAUGGGAAUCUCGGUCGUCACUCCCAACAAGAAGGGCGCUUCGGGAUCAUUGGAUCUGUACGAGUCCAUCCGGGCCGCUACGUACCCCAACUCCCGGGCUCUGUACUAUGACGAAGCGACGGUCGGCGCUGGCUUGCCCAUCCUGAGCACUCUCAAGGAUCUCGUGGAGACUGGAGACGAGAUCAUUAAGGUUGAGGGUGUCUUCUCGGGAACGUUGAGCUACAUCUUCAACGAGUUCUCCAAGGCCGAGGGCGGAGAUGUCAAGUUUUCCGAGGUGGUCAAGAUUGCCAAGGACAAUGGAUACACCGAGCCGGACCCGAGGGAUGACCUCUCCGGCACCGACGUCGCGCGCAAGCUCACCAUCCUCUCCCGGCUCAUCCCCACUACUCCUGCUCUGCCAGAAGGCUACGCCUCCGUCCCCACCCAAUCUCUCGUCCCACCAGCGCUGGAGGACGCCAAGACGAAGGACGAGUACCUCUCCCGUCUUGCCGAAGGUGACGAGUACUUUGACAAGAUCCGGUCAGAAGCUGCAGCGGAGGGGAUGGUGGUGCGGUAUGUGGGUGUGAUCGACUUGAAGGAGGGCAAGGUCGAAUGCAAGCUUGGCAAAUACCCCAAGGACCAUGCAUUUGCGACCGCUCUGAAAGGCUCGGACAACAUUGUCUCCUUUACGACCAAGCGAUACUCUCCUCGGCCGCUCGUCAUCCAGGGAUCAGGGGCAGGUGGAGACGUCACUGCUAUGGGAUGUACUUCCGAUCUCAUCAAGGUGCAUGAGCGAAUCGCCCAUGUUUGA